AUGCGAAUGGCAGAGGCGGAUCCAGCGUAUGUGGAGGCGCUGGCGUCCGGGACACUCGAGGCGACGCACGCGGCGGUGGUGGCUGCUGUGGCGGCCGAGCUGGGCAAGCUCAACGCGGAGCGGGCGGAUGCAGGCGUCGACGCCUUUGUCCACACACUGUACGACACGUUCCGGUUCGGCAAGGCUGUGGCCUUUGAGCGUGAGGCGACGAUCAAGCACGUCCGUGACAUGAUCGCCUGGCGUCUCGAGCACAAGCCGUUCCUCCUCAGCCUCGAUGACCCGCGGAUCCGGGCCGAGCUCGCCACAGACAAGGUCCAUCCCCUCGGGCGCGAUAAGGCCGGGCGGGUUGUCUCCUGGUUUGUCAACAAGCGUCACAAAAGCUCCAUCUCGCCGCUCGAUCAGUACAUGGCGACCAACAUGUUCAUGAUGGAGUACGCCGAGCGGCACGAGCUCUAUCCGGGUGCCCCGGUCCAGCAGGUCACUAUGAUUGCAGACUAUGCUGACUUUGGAUGGUCCAACCUCGAUCGUGCAGGCGCAAAGGGCUUUCUCUCGCUGCAGGCCAUCUACCCCGAGCGCCUCGGCGCGGCAUACAUCAUCAACGCCGGCCGGGUCUUCAAGGUCCUCUGGGCUCUCGCCAAGCCAUUCCUUGACGCCUCCACCCGCGCCAAGGUCCAUUUUCUCACCGACAACUACCAGGCCGAGCUACAAGAGCACAUCCUCGCCUCGCAGCUCCCGCACGAGCUCGGCGGCACCGCCGAUCUCCACCGUGAUUUUGUCCCUUUCUCCGCCGGCAUCGAGGCUUCGUUUACCGCCAUCGAGGCCUGGCGCGCCAACGAGCCGUACAACGAGGCGGGCGACACCCGUGCGAGCGACGACGCCGCUCUGGCUAGGCUCGUAUCUGAGUCCGAACCUGAGAUGAAGUACGAGCCCGAGGUGAAGUCCGCCAGUCGCCCGCACCGCCGUCGCUGCAGUGACCGUCCGGUAUCGGCGACGUCGGCCUCGCGCACUCGGUCCGCAGACCUCGCUGCUCCCGUUACCGCCUCGCUCCCAGGAUCGCCGCGAGCCAGCCGCAAGAAAAGCGGCGGCGGCUCGGCGUCGGACCAGCGGACGUCGGACCAGCCGGCGUCGGCGGGCGACCAGCCGGCAUAGCGCCAGCCGGCAUGGCAAGACGUCGUCAGACUGGUCAGCGUCCGACUCGGACUCGGGCACGGC